CGGGGUCAGCCGUUUAGCUGCAGCUGGUAGUCUCAUAGCGACGGAGCCGGGUCCCGCUGACGUAGCCGCCACCGGAGUUCGCUGCCGCACUUCGCCCGAGGCCGCCCGGACGUGAAAUUGCAUAAAAAUGUCGCUCUAUCCUUCCCUGGAAGAUUUGAAGGUGGACAAAGUAAUUCAGGCCCAGACUGCCUUUUCUUCAAACCCAGCUAAUCCAGCAAUUUUGUCUGAAGCCUCAGCACCCAUUCCUCAAGAUGCAAGCUUAUAUCCCAGACUUUAUCCCGAACUCUCUCAAUACAUGGGCCUCAGUCUUAAUGAAGAAGAAAUGCAAAGAAACUUGCAAGUGACUGCUGCUCCACAGUCUCAGGGUCAGCAGCUGGUAACAAGGCCUUCCGCUGUGAAUUAUAUGGUGGCCCCAGUAACAGGAAAUGAUGUUGGACUUCUCAGAGCAGAAAUUAAACAAGGCCUCCGUGAAGUAAUCUUGUGCAAAGAUCAGGAUGGCAAAAUUGGGCUUCGCCUUAAAUCUGUAGACAAUGGUAUAUUUGUCCAGUUAGUACAGGCUAACUCUCCAGCAUCUCUUGCUGGCCUGAGGUUUGGGGACCAAAUUCUGCAGAUCAGUGGUGAAAACUGCGCAGGGUGGAGCUCUGAUAAAGCCCACAAAGUUCUCAAGCAGGCUUCUGGGGAGAGAAUUCCAAUGAUUGUGCGUGACAGGCCUUUUGAACGAAUUAUUGUUAUGCAUAAGGACAGCACAGGACAUGUUGGCUUCAUAUUCAAAAAUGGAAAAAUAACUUCAAUAGUAAAAGACAGUUCAGCUGCAAGAAAUGGGCUGCUUACAGAACACAACAUAUGUGAAAUUAAUGGCCAGAAUGUAAUUGGAUUGAAGGACCCCCAGGUUGCAGACAUCUUGGCAACAGCUGGGAAUGUGGUGACCAUUACUGUAAUGCCUUCCCACAUCUAUGAAUACAUUAUUAAGAGGAUGGCAUCCAACAUUAUGAAAAGCCUGAUGGAUCACUCGAUCCCUGAAGUUUAAAAAGAGCCAUUGUGUAUUAAUUUGUGUAAUAGGCACUCAUCUAAACUUGGGCUAUUAUACUCAGCGAAUUCUGUAUUCUGCACAUGAGCCUUUCUUGAGGCCAAAAUAGAUAUGCUGCAUUGAGCAUUUGCAUAAUAUUCCCAGGCAUAGAAUAUAACAGUUCAACAUGUUAUCUUGGUUCGUGCAAAA